AACGUGAAAAGAAAUAAGAAUCGCGCUGAAUAAAAAGAGCACUCAAUAACGUACACCAUUUCAGCCAUUUUUAUAACUUCAUUUUGUGAACUUAUUAUUCCCAUCGUAUUUUAUUGGCUCAUACUCCAUGUUAUUCACAAAACCACACAAAUAACUGCCAAAAAUAACGUCGCGUAACACAGUUUGUUGUCAUGAAACUUUAGUGAGGGUUCACUGAAAGCGAUCAAAAAAACCAAUUUUGAUAUUAAAUGACUUUGAACAGAUUUUCAAAAGAGAAAAGUUUGAAUUUCCUGUUCUCAGACUUUCGAAAUGUCUUCAGUUCUUUCAUUCGAAGUUUGUAUUUGUUGUCUGAUAAAGAGGAAAGAAGUUAGCGUUCAUUUGUCUCAAUAAAACUUGACUUCUAAUUAUAGAUUACAUGAUCAAAAUUCAAAAGUAUAUUUGACAUGCAUAUCGUAGCUUAGUUAUACAAUUCAGGGAUGUUGUGCCGUCUGAAAUUUUUAGAAAGCAAACUUUACGUAGUGCCAUUAAACAGAACAUAUUCUAGUUUUAAAUAGUUUCAACCAAUAAACUUCGUUACUCGAAGCUUUACCAAUCGAUGGCAUCAAGAGUCAAAAUGACUACAGAAGGCGUAAAAUUCCUAAGUGAGAACCAGGAGGUCACUUUCCGAAUCCCUUCCCGAGACCCCGACCUAGAUGCGACUGUGACGUCGGAUCAAGCAGACGUCACUGACAUGGCAAACACAUCAUAUGGCACCGAGGGUUCCUGUGCCGAAUCCACCGAUUCCAGUUCUCCCUUCAUGAGUGACGGGACUAAGGAGAAAUCCCCCCUGGUAGGCCGGAGUUCGACAAAGAAGGGGGCUUCUUCUUCAUCCAAGCACAACAAUCUGGAGCUGCAUGAUGCCAGUCAAAGCGGAAAGGAACGUAAGACGGGGGAACAAGCCAUCGACGAGUGCGCACUGACGGGGGAAGUAGCGAAGUCAAUCAAUUACUUUAGCUUACAACACGUGGGUCUGUUCCUGCAGUACUUCUGCGUCGGCAUCUGCUACUCUUGCACCAUCAGUAUCAACUAUGAGUUCUUCACGUCCUAUAUGGGACAGAGUGGCAACUUCUACAAUGUCGCCCAUAGUGCCAUCGCUCUUCCCUGGAGCCUCAAGAUAAUUUAUGGCGCCAUCAAUGACUGCUUCCCUCUCAGGGGGUACAGAAGGAAGCCAUAUAUGGUACUAGGAUGGAUUGGCUGCACAGCUAUGGCCCUCGUGCUGACGUUUCAGCCACUCCCAGGAAGCAGAUUUGAACGACCAGAGGAGGCAAUCGAAAAUGGCAACUGCAGCGUCAAAGGAGUAAUAAAAGAGAACAGCGAAGAAGAGUACAAGGAUGAGUCGCUUAAGUUCAUGACGCUGUUGGCGACGUUUAAUGUCUUCCUGGUACUGACAGACGUGGCCAUGGAUGGACUCAUGGUGCAGUAUGCCCGCAAAGAGCCCAUGAACAAACGAGGCAAAGCCCAGACCAUGAUCUAUGUCACUCGAUCAAUAGGUAUGAGUGUCGGUGCUAUUCUGAAGGGGGUGGGUCUGAACUGGUACGAGUACAGUGGGCCCUGGUGCGAGGGCAUAGAAGUGAGCGUCAUCUUCCUCAUAGUGGCUGCCACUAGCUGCUGUGCCAUCCCAGUCACCAUCCUCAUGACCACCGAAGACACAGUGUCCGAGUCGAAGAGCAUCAAACACAUCAUGUCUAAAGUGUGGGCCCUCCUUCAGAACACAGCAGUUCAGCAAGUGCUCGUCUUCCAAAUAGGAUCUUCGAUUGUAAUGUCGAUUUCAUCACCCGCCGACUCCAUGAUCCAAAUUUACUGGGUUGGAGUUGACAAUCUCACCAAAAACAUUCUGGUUGGAGUAUUCGGUCAACUUACUUUUUCGCUCGGAUCCACUAUUUUUGCCAAAUUCCUGAUAGACUUCAACUGGAAGAAGAUCUUCGGAUCGACCGCCGUGAUAGUUCUCGUGAUGAAUGCUUCAUUGACAUACAUUGUCAUCUAUGACGUCAUAAGGAACCAGUACUUCUAUCUGUCAGAUGAACUUACCACUGAGUUCUUCGUGGGUGCCAAUUACAUUUGUGGGCUGCUACUCUUCAUUGAAUUGUCUGAAUCGGACACUGAAGGUAUCGCUUAUGCGCUGAUGACGACAACAAGCAACGCCAGCAUGUCCAUCGGCUCUCUUAUCGGAAACUUUGCCGUGUACAUGUUUCACGUCAGCGAACACGGCAAAUACACUCGAGACAACACAAACGACAGAAACAUAGUGGCCGCAAACUACGCGAUCAUAUACCUACUCAACGCGUGUAUUAUAUUUUUGCUCCCGAUUUUACCCAAGGGCAAAAAAGAUACCCAGCAGUUGAAGCAAAACGCCAAAGUCUCAAAGCCUGCGGGAGCUGCACUGAUUGUGACAAUUCUGUCAUUUGUUAGCUUUUCGAUACUUUACAAUUUCGUGUUGUACCGCUACAUUGGUUGAAGAUUUCAAAAACAAUCGUAUUCAAAUAAAGCUCUAACGUUGAACUUCAUAAAAUGAAGGUUUAUUUAGUCAAAGCGAACAAUUUCAGUACAAAAUUGAAAGAUUGAAAGCCAAGUUUGAUAAUUGAGUUCACAGAAAAUGGUACAUGAAAAAUCGAUCGCUCUGUUCUUAUCAACUAAAAAAAAUGUCCAGUUCAACUGAUCACGGAAUGAUUGCUAAAUUGUGAUUGUUAAAUGCACAUGAUGCUGAUGAGCUGUUGAUUUAUUUUAAUAAAAUUUUAGCUUUA